GGAGAGUUCAUUUCUCGGUCUCUUUAAAAUUCUGACUUCACGAGUUUCUCUCUCUCCAAAACCCCCACAUAAAAAACUUUACCGCUCGUCGAGAGCUGAGACUACGCACACUGCAAAAACCCUAGCUUAGCUUUAUGCUUCCAACUUUCUCUCUUUUCUGAACCCAUCUCUCAUUGUAACUUCGAAACCAUGUAUGGAGGUGAUGAAGUAUCAGCCAUUGUUGUUGACCUAGGUUCUCAUACUUGCAAAGCUGGAUAUGCUGGAGAAGACGCUCCCAAAGCAGUAUUUCCGUCUUGUGUUGGUGUGAUCGAACAACUGGAAGAUAGUGAUGAUAUUAAAGCUGAGAAGGAAUCUGAACCAGUUCCAGACUCUAAAAAUGGUGGUAAACCAAUUGAAUCUGACAAAAACAAGGUGAAGAGAAAAUUAUAUGUGGGAUCUCAAGCCUUAGGGUACCGCAGGGAUCAUAUGGAGGUGGUAUCACCUAUAAAGGAUGGACUUGUGGUUGACUGGGAUAUGGUUGACAACAUAUGGGUGCAUGCUUUCAGGGAUCGGUUACUGAUUGAUCCUAAAGAACACCCAAUGCUGCUCUCUGAAUCAUCUUCGAAUACUCCUCAACAGAGAGAAAGGACAGCGGAGCUCAUGUUUGAAAAAUACAAAGUUCCUGCUUUAUUUUUAGCCAAGAAUGCGGUUCUCACAGCUUUUGCAUCAGGCCGUGCGACUGCUUUGGUGGUUGAUAGUGGCGGUGGAUCAACUACAGUUGCACCUGUUCAUGAUGGCUAUGUUCUUCAAAAGGCUGUUGCAACGUCACCCAUUGGAGGUGAGUUCCUUACCGAGUGCAUGAUCAAAAGUUUGGAAAGCAGAGGUUUUGUGAUAAAACCUAGAUAUUCCUUUAAGAGAAAGGAAGUCCGCCCCGGAGAAUUUCAGACCGUGGACCUUGAUAUUCCAAAUACAACAGAAAGCUACAAGCUCUUCUCUCAGAGGGUAAUCGCCAGCGAUAUCAAGGAAUCUGUAUGUCGGGCACCAGAUACUCCAUAUGACGAAAGUUCAUAUGCCAACAUUCCUACAACAUCUUAUGAGCUUCCAGAUGGACAAACAAUAGAAGUUGGAGCUGAUCGGUUUAAGAUUCCUGAUAUUCUGUUCAAUGCAUCCAUAGUUCAGACAAUUCCUGGUAUGGAGAGUUUUGCUGAUCCAGCUCCUUCAAUCCGUGGACUUCCUCAAAUGGUUAUUGAAAGCAUAAAUAAGUGUGACGUGGACAUCCGUAGAGAAUUAUUUAGCAGUAUACUGCUUGCAGGGGGGACAUCAUCGAUGCAACAGCUGAAAGAGCGUCUAGAAAAAGACUUGCUGGAGGAAUCUCCUCAAGCUGCAAGAGUUAAAGUUCUGGCAAGUGGAAAUGCAACAGAACGGCGAUUCAGUGUUUGGAUAGGAGGGAGUAUUCUGGCAUCUCUUGGCUCCUUUCAGCAAAUGUGGUUUUCCAAGGCAGAGUAUGAAGAGCACGGGGCUUCAUACAUUCAACGAAAAUGCCCCUAGAAGAUCAUUUUAAAUCUGACGCUUUGGCAAGUGGAUUUAUUUAUUUCACUUGUGAUGAAACAAGUUUGUGGGGUUGUGUGAAGUAGAGGUGAUUCUGCAAAGUUGGUAGUGCAGUUAGAUUUGUAGAAGCUGAAGCAGAAAUCGAAGUACUUGGUCUAGCGAAAUGCUUGCUUGUUUAGACGUUAGGAGCACUUUAGAGUACUUGUAAGUUUGUGAAUUUAUUAUGUUAAGCGGUUUAACUGCUGUUUAAGAAAACUUAUGUUCUAGACCAGGAAAUAGCAAGCUCAUUUUGUUGGUUAGUAGAUCAAUCACGAUUAAGGAAGACUUUGUUUGUAAUUGUUUUUAAAGUUAGAUAUACGGUAGAUUAUUAAUCAUCGAUGAAAGAUCAACUUUAGUUAUGUAGUCUAAAUUAAAUUAUGUUUAAACUU